UUGGCGAUUCAUGAGAUUGAUGUGUUUGGCACCGGCGAUGACACGAAGUACGGACUGAAGACUCGCAGGCGGGUCGAGCUCACGGAGCAGGGAGGAGGAGGACCCGGGACGCGGGGGAAUCCUUUAGGCCUUCAAUGUUUAAUAUAUAUUCUAUUAGAUAAAUACAUUGACAUCAGUUACUUUGAGUGCCGGUCGUCUGUGUGUCCGUCCGAACACCCGGAGGAACAUGGACGUGAACUGUCCCCUUACACUCUGUACGGGACACACGUACACACGCGGCGCGGCUCAUGUUCCUCGCUCGAUGCCUCCGGAGCCGGGAGCUGCCCGGGACGCGUCCUCGAGACUCGACACUAG